AUGCAGUUUUUCUCAAGACUCAACGUUUUCUUCGAGUUUCUAGGGUCGUUGGGGAUGGCCGGGAGGAAAGUUCGAGAUCAGAUUCAAAAAUCGAACAAUUUCAAUCAAAGCACUCUGAUCCGCGAAUCAUCCGACUCGAAGAAAUCGCUCGAUGACCUCUUCUCGUCGGUGUCGAAACAACCCGAGAAACAGCAAUACCAGCGCAAUCCAAAGUUCGCUCAGCGCGGCCUUCCGCCAAGUUUCUUCACGCCGCCGAGCCAGGGGAAAGGAAAUGCCCGCUCACAAGGCCCAUCACCGAUCGGGAGCAAUUUAUCAUCGAUGAAUUCGAUCAGCGACAGCGGAAAAGCGAGCUCCACCGACGAGGGAAUCUUCCAGAGUCAGCAAACGCUAAGCCCGUCGAGUAUGUCGCCGAGCACCGCCUCGCCAUUUCACCAGCGACAGGCCAGCGCCCCAGAGCUCGCCGAUUUCCCGGGACCGAGCAGCUACACCCAGUACCCUGCCCGUGGGAUGCACCAAAAGGGAUCGCUCAGCGUUUCGGAAGUCUCCCACUACAAUCACCCACAAUCGAGUCACGGCCGCUCGCAGUCGACCGACGCCACGAAUAUGCAAGGCAACCCACGCUUCUCGAUGCACCACACGCCCUACCACCAGCCGGCCACUCUCCCAAAAUCGUCGUCAAUGGACCCAAUGCUUGUGAGAAUGCCUGCUGACACCCAUGGUUGUCUGUCCGAUAGUCAACCGCAUUUGGGCACCACGUCAUUCGGGCAAUCCUUCCAGCUGCAGCCACAACAACAGCCGCCGCCGCAUCCCAGCCUUCCACCAAACGAUGGCUUGGGCUCAUUGCCACCGGGAUGGGACGCGCAAAGGGAUGGCUCUGGACGAAUUUUCUUUAUAAAUCACAAUAGUCAAGCCACGCAAUGGGAGGAUCCAAGGAAAACGCAUGCUCACCAACAACCGUGCUUGUCCAACUAUGGCUACCAGCAACAUCCAAUGAAUCAACCAGCGGACUACUCUACCUAUAGUAGCCUUGAACAGCUGGAAAUGGAGAGGACAAGCAUGCAGCAGAGACAAGAGCAAUUGAGGAGGGAGGGACUGUUGAAUGGAGCACCGACGAUGAGUGGUGCAUUGAGCGGCUCUCUUCCUCAACAACCUUUUCCCCAACAGCAAUCCGUUCAACAGCCGAUCUCUCCGAUGCACAUGAUGCAGUUUGGAGCCCCGUACGGACAAAUGCAUGGCGCUGGACCGAUCCAUGAUCAUUAUGGGCAUCAGAAAGAAGCCUCCGACGACUCGGCUCUUCAAGAGGGAAUGGACGUCGACGAGAUCCGCAUCGAUACAGCUAUUCUAAACAUCAACCCUCAAGAAUUCGACAAAUAUCUCCAAAUAACCGAUCAUCGA